AUGUUUAGGGAUCAGCGAGGUCAGACGUUGUGUGGGGUAAUGAGGAUUGGACUGGUUGCAAAAGGCUUACUGAUUAAGGAUGAUAUGGACUUGGAGCUGGUUUUAAUGUGCAAGGACAAACCCACAGAGACUCUGCUAACUACAGUAAGAGAUAAUCUUCCUGUACAGAUUCAGAAACUGACAGAAGAAAAAUACCAAGUGGAACAAUGUGUAAAUGAGGCAUCUAUUAUAAUUCGGAACACAAAAGAGCCAACAUUAACUCUGAAGGUGAUACUUACUUCCCCUCUAAUUAGGGACUAAUUGGAGAAGAAGGAUGGAGAAAAUGUUUCGAUGAAAGAUCCUCCAGACUUACUGGACAGGCAAAAAUGCCUGAACGCCUUGGCGUCUCUUCGACAUGCCAAAUGGUUUCAGGCAAGGGCAAAUGGAUUAAAAUCAUGUGUAAUUGUCCUCUGAAUUCUGCGUGAUUUGUGCAACAGAGUCCCCACGUGGGCACCACUGAAAGGAUGGCCACUAGAGCUUAUAUGUGAAAAGUCUAUAGGUACUUGUAAUAGACCUUUGGGCGCUGGGGAGGCCUUGAGACAAGUAAUGGAGUGUUUGGCAUCUGGAAUACUACUUCCUGGAGGCCCUGGUCUUCAUGCCUGUGAGCGAGACCCAACAGAUGCUCUGAGCUAUAUGACUAUCCAACAAAAAGAAGAUAUUACCCACAAUGCACAGCAUGCACUUAGACUGUCAGUGUUUGGCCAGAUUUAUAAAGUGUUGGAGAUGGACCCCCUUCCCUCUAGUAAGCCUUUUCAGAAGUAUUCCUGGUCAGUUACUGAUAAAGAAGGUGCUGGGUCAUCAGCUAUAAAGAGGCCAUUUGAAGAUGGGUUAGGGGAUGAUAAAGAUCCCAAUAAGAAGAUGAAACGAAACUUAAGAAAAAUCCUGGAUAGUAAAGCAAGAGACCUUAUGAAUGCAUUAAUGAGGCUAAAUCAGAUCAGACCUGGGCUUCAGUAUAAGCUCUUGUCUCAGUCUGGCCCUGUCCAUGCCCCAGUCUUCACAAUGUCUGUAGAUGUGGAUGGCACAACUUAUGAAGCCUCAGGACCAUCCAAGAAAACAGCAAAACUUCACGUAGCAGUGAAGGUUUUACAGGCAAUGGGAUACCCAACAGGCUUUGAUGCAGAUAUUGAAUGUAUGAGUUCUGAUGAAAAGUCAGACAAUGAAAGCAAAAAUGAAACAGUGUCUUCAAACUCAAGCAAUAAUACUGGAAAUUCUACAACUGAAACCUCCAGUACCUUAGAGGUAAGAACUCAGGGCCCUAUCCUCACAGCAAGUGGCAAAAAUCCUGUCAUGGAGCUCAAUGAAAAAAGAAGAGGUCUCAAGUAUGAACUUAUCUCAGAAACUGGUGGAAGCCAUGAUAAGCGCUUUGUAAUGGAGGUAGAAGUAGAUGGGCAGAAAUUCCGAGGCACAGGUCCAAAUAAGAAAGUAGCAAAGGCAAGUGCUGCGUUAGCUGCCCUGGAGAAGCUGUUUUCUGGCCCCAAUGCAGCAAAUAAUAAGAAAAAGAAGAUUAUUCCUCAGGCAAAGGGUGUUGUGAAUACAGCUGUAUCUGCAGCAGUCCAGGCAGUUCGGGGCAGGGGAAGAGGAACUCUGACAAGGGGAGCCUUUGUUGGGGCUACGGCUGCUCCUGGCUACAUAGCUCCAAGCUAUGGAACACCUUACAGUUACAGUACAGCUGCCCCUGCCUAUGGUUUGCCCAAGAGAAUGGUUCGGUUACCCGUUAUGAAAUUCCCAACAUAUCCUGUUCCCCACUACUCAUUCUUUUAGCGAAUGACAGAAGCUCAUUCCUAUUGAACAACUAUACAGUACAAUGCAGAAUGUUAGAUUGAAAAAGCCUUUUUAUCCUGCUUUCAUUGAACACAUACUUGAUCAAAAUUAUUUGUAAAGAACAUCUUUCCUACUUUUUGAUUUUAACAAAUACAAAUUUAGUUCUCUAAAACUUGAAAACA